AUGUCUAGCAGCCUGACACAAGCGCCACUUAAGAGGCUCCAAGAGCAAGAGGGUGAUGAAGAGCUCAGUGCAUGGCAGAAACGAGAGACACGUUACUACCUCCUCAAGGACGUGAACUCAGCCGUUAACUAUGCCGCACAAGAGCUGGAGCGUAUCGACUUCAUCUGGGGGCGCAUUCGCUCCGACCGCAGUGCUGUAUCGCCCGCCAUCAAGGCCGACAUUCGCGUCGAAGGUCACCUUGUGGUAUUCACCAAGGUGGAGCUCAAGCUAACCAAGGCCCAGCGCAAUACACCGAUCAACAGCACACUGCAGCAGUAUUGCGUGCUGAACCAGAUCCUCGAAUUCCACGGCAUCUUGCAGAGUCAAGUGGGCAGACUCACCGCCCUCAAGGAAUUCUUGCACGUGCAGCGCAACGACCUAUUGAACGAUCAGCCAAACAACGACGACGUUGAGGUGUAUGUGGAGAUUGUACAGCGCACUUUCCAAAGCUUAGGUCGCAUCUGCCAAGAACUGCGCAACGCCGCCAACGUCUUACGACUGCCAAGCCGUCGUCGGUUCCCAUAUUGUUCCCAUGUUGACCAUAGCUUCAAGCCCACUCUUCCGUCUGAAGUCAUUGUCGAUUUUUCCAUCCACCGUGGAGAAUUGUUGGUCGAGGCUUUCAGUCUAAUGGCUACACAAAAGGCGAUCACGAACAUUCCCGAGGGCUGUGCAUCCAGGAAAGAGUUCAUCGGCUGCGUUUGUGCCUUCCGCGGCCAGAAGGUGGAGAUUGUCGAGUAUGCACGGAUCUCGGUGCCGAUCCCGCAACUAGAGGAAAUGCUGGUGCAUCUGGACGAGCAGGUCACGUGGCUGGUACACGUUCGAGAUAACGUCAAGGCGUUGCUCGACUGCCAAGACUUGUGCUACGAUUACUACUAG